AUGGCGACUCCUUUGCAGUUUGCCCCUUUCACAUCCGAGAUUGAACUACCGUUCUACUCUGCGCUCUUUGCGUCCAAGCUCGACUAUGACAAGCUGGACGAUUCGGCGCGCGGCGUUCUCGGACUGUAUGAGCCGCGAGCGGAGCAGCCCGAAACGAGCUGCAAGAUGCAGAUACUGGGCAAUGCCUUGACAAGCAAAAAUGCGCCGCUGGGGACAGCUAGAGCUGAAGGUAUCAUACGAAACGUAAACACACUUGAGGAUUUCAGGAACAUGGACAAGACUGCCAUGCUCAAGACGGCUGGACGACAGAUCUGGGAUGCCAUCAACGACGGCACAAUAUACUCGGUUCCUUCGCUCCUCUCCUCAUUCGUCAUCCUAUCCUAUGCCGACCUCAAGAAAUAUAAAUUCACAUAUUGGUUUGCCUUUCCGGCGCUUCAUUCCGACCCUUCCUGGCGCCGGUCGGGCCCCAGCGAGCGCCUCACAUCAGACGAGACGACAGCCUUGGUCGACAGGAUCGGUACAUGGCGCUACUCGGUCGACGGCCGGGAGCACGGCUUCUUCCUCGCGAAAAAGGUCCAUGGUCCCGAGAGCGACAAUUAUGACGAAAACAGAGACGAAGGCGAAGACAUGGAGCCUGACGCGGAGGCUGAGACGGCCGCCAGCAAACUGCCAUACCACUGGAACGUGGGCUCGCUGCGACGCUUCGAAGACGGCUUCUUCAACAACGUUUCCGAAGAGGAUCAGUACAUCUGCUUUGUCGACUCAUCCACACAUGCGGAAGGGCCCUCCUGGCCGCUGCGAAAUCUGCUCGUGCUGAUCCGCCAGCGAUUCCGCCUGACCAAGGUCAAGAUUCUAUGCUACCGAGACACGCGCGCACGGCGGCACGAGGCGAAGAGCAUCAUCCUUCCGUUGGAGAUGGAUGCGGUCGGGAGCAUGGAGCUGACGGAGAUGCCCAAAGUCACUGGCUGGGAGCGCUCGCGCAACGGCAAGCUCCAGGCGCAGCAGGCUAACCUGGGCGAGUACAUGGACCCCGCCCGCCUCGCCGACUCGUCCGUCGAUCUUAAUCUCAAGCUCAUGAAGUGGCGUGUAGCGCCGGACCUGGACCUGGACGGCAUCAAGAACACAAAGUGCUUGCUUCUGGGCGCCGGCACGCUCGGCGGCUACGUGUCGCGCAACUUACUCGGAUGGGGCGUCCGCAAAGUGACCUUUGUCGACUACGGCCGGGUCUCGUACUCGAACCCGGUGCGGCAGCCGCUGUUUGAAUUCGAGGACUGCGUCGGCGGCGGGAAACCAAAGGCCGAGGCGGCCGCUGCCAUGCUCAAGCGCAUCUACCCGGGCGUGGAUGCUCAGGGUCACUCGCUGUCGGUGCCCAUGCUGGGCCAUCCGUUCACGGACGAGGUGCGCACAAAGGCGGAUCUGGACAAGCUCAAGGCGCUGAUUGACGAGCAUGAUGUGAUUUUCCUCCUAAUGGAUACGCGAGAGUCGAGGUGGCUGCCUACAGUCAUGGGCAAGGCCGCAGGCAAGAUUGUCAUGAACGCAGCGCUGGGCUUUGAUUCAUACGUGGUCAUGAGACAUGGCGCCGAGACGAUGCAAGAGGGCCAUUUACCGCUGGGAUGCUACUUUUGCAAUGACGUCGUUGCGCCAGCAGAUUCUAUGAAAGAUCAGACUCUCGACCAACAAUGCACGGUGACCCGCCCUGGUGUGGCCGGCAUUGCGUCGGCCCUCCUCGUCGAGAUGCUCACCAGCCUGCUGCAGCACCCGCUCAAGAACGCCGCGCCGGCGCCGCAGCAGCCCGUCUCCUCGGCUGAGCGCGAUCCGCCCAACCAUCCGCUCGGCCUGGUGCCGCACCAGAUCCGCGGGUACGUGUCUACGUUUUCGAACCUCGUGAUCCGCGGGCAGAGCUACGACUGCUGCAGCGCGUGCAGCCCCAAAGUGCUGGCUGCGUACCGCGAUGACGGCUGGCAGUUCCUCAAGCGCGCCCUGCAGGAGAAGGACUACGUCGCUGAGCUGUCGGGGCUCGCCGAGGUGCAGCGCCGCGCCGAGGAGCUGUCGGGCGAGCUGGACUGGGACGAGGAGGACGAGGGCGUUGCGGGGAAUGACGAUGGCGAGGGCGAGCUGCUGUGA